AUGAGCUCGUCUGGAUCAUCAACUGGGUCCAAUUACAACAACAGCGACGAUAGUCCGAGCGUGGAGAGUGAGGGUGAGGAAAGCGAGAGCGAGGACUCUUCUGACGAGGGUGGUUCAAGUGAUGACGGAUCAAACCAUGGCUCAGACGAAGAUAAUUCAGAUGAUAAUAAUUCAGACAGCUCACGCACUUAUGUGAACUCGACUACUAGAGGGCUUAGCUCUGAUAGUAGAUUCAGCUCCGCUACUACUCUCGUCUGGGAUUCUGAGGACGACGAUGAGGACUCUGAGGAGCUUAAGGGGUAUUGUAUUGACUUGUGCGAGGAGGCCGAAGUUGUCAGUACAGUCACGGACUCGAGCUGGUUGACGAGUCGUGUACGAGGAUGUACUACCGUAAGGGAUGGCACAACACUAUUUACCACUUGGAUUAAUAUCGGAGGAGCUCGCUUAGCCAUUGCCAUCGCCGUUGCAAUUCUUUACUGUAACCCGAUAAGAAGGUUCUUCUUCUGCUUUUGGCCGAAAAUGAGUUCUAGUUCAUCCUCCGGCUCGUCGUCGGGCGACACCGAUAACAGCGGAAGCAACCAAGACUCUUCGUCUUCCUCUGGAGACCAGUCGGGCCCUGGUAGCGGUAACACCGAUGUGGGAAGUGAUAACGGUGGGCCAGACGAUGGCUUCAUGUUACCUCCCUCGAUUGAAGAUCCGGAUGAUAGCGGCUAUAGUACCGACCACGGACAUUAA